AUGGGCCGCAAGAAGGCCGGUGCAGAAGGUGGCGAAGGAAUUGGAGGAUGUGCUAUGGGCGGUAUGGAUGAUAUUCAGAGCGCAUUUGCGCAGCUCCAAAACCUUAUGUCAAUGACGGCUAUGGGCAAGCCUGCGAUGAAUCUGAUGGGAGGGAUGGCCGUCCCAGGGCCAAAGAUGUCUGGGGCUGGAAGUUUGCCUGCCGCCUUUGCUAUGCCUCCAGCCGCAAACUUGCCCGCCCAGGCGAGCCAGAAGCCAUCUCAGACUGACAAUGAUGGGUAUGAUCCCAAGAAGAUCUACGUGUCGGAGCACGGUCGGAUCCAUCCGGACAUCACGGACCUUUGCGAAGGCUUCUACAUUGAGCAGCGGCAUGUGGAGAAGCUGAAUGAGUUGAUGAAGAACCGGUUGGACACCUGGGAUGAGGAUCUCAAGAAGCUACGGCAGAUCAUGGAAAAAGCACGGUCUCCGUGCGGGAUGCUGGUUGUCAAGAUGAAGGAGAUUGAAGAAGGAACCUUUGUUGCUGUGAACCGUGACAAGCGGAUGAAACACCUGGCAGAGAAGUUCCGGUUGGAUGAUAUUGCUCAGACCAACAUUGCGGAUAUUCUCGCCAGAUGUUCAGAAGAGAAGAAGGGUGAAUACUAUCACGAUUUGGAGAAGCAUUUCGAGUGCUCAGGGAAACCAUCGGCAACAGCAAUGUUACUGAUCAAAAAGCUUGCAAACGGUGAUCCGCUGGGUCCCCCGGGCAGACCAGCUGCUGGGAGCUACCUUGACCGAAUACAACGAGGUGACAAGGCAGAGCCUCGAGGAGGUGACACGAGGGAGCGGGGAAACGAUCGGUCCGAUCGGGGCCGAGACCAGCGCGAACGUGACAGAGGUCAUGAUGCUCGACGUGAUCGGUCGCGUGACCGAGCCUUCGAUCGCGAUCGUCGGGAUGAAAGAACUGAUCGACGUGAUGACCGCGGUGAUGCCAGAGGUGAUCGGCCACGUGACCGAGACCGACGAGACGACCGCCGAGACGACCGCCGAGACGACCGCCGGGAUGACUGCAGAGAGGAGCGCAGAGAGGAGCGCCGCGAUGAUCGCCGUGAUCGUGAGCCUCGUCGAGAGGAGCCUCCCAAGCCAUUCAUCCCGCAGCCGAAAGGUAUGGAGCGACCCGAAAGAGGAGAAGGUUGUCCAGAAGCCGAAGGUCUGUCCGGCCGCGCAGCUGCUGAGGCAUUGCAGGCUGGAGCUGACAGAGUGCGUAGAGAAGUUCAAGCAAACAUCCAAGCCGCCAUCAGGAAGGCCAUCUCGGAGGGACGGCCCAUGGAGGAAUGGACUGCUUGA